AUGCCCCGCCCUUCCUCCCCCGCUCCCCCUCCCUCCUCCUCCUCCUCCUCCUCCUCCUCCUCGCUGCACCUGGAGUUCCCGCAGGUGCCUCGGGCUCUCCUGUCCAACCUGAACCGGCAGCGCCUGGAAGGGAAGCUCUGCGACGUCUCCAUCCGCGUCCAGGGCCGGGAAUUCCGCGCCCACCGCGCCGUCCUGGCCGCCUCCUCUCCUUUCUUCCACGACCAACUGCUCCUGAAGAACCUGGACUCCAUCGAGCUGCCCGGCGUGAUGGACCCCGCGGCCUUCGGCCUCGUGCUGGGCUGCGCCUACACCGGGCGGCUGCGGAUGGAGCCCGGAGACAUCGUGAACUUCCUGACGGUGGGGAGCGUGCUGCAGAUGUGGCACAUCGUGGACAAGUGCACCGAGCUGCUGCGGGAGCGCCGCGGCUCCUCCGGCAACGCCGCUGCUUCCUCGGCAUCCUCAUCCUCGUCCUCGUCCUCGUCCUCGUCCUCGUCCUCGUCCUCGUGCUGCGCCGGGAGCAGAACCGGCGAGGCGCAGUCCCCCAGCAGCACCGAGCCCAAAUUCCCGGAUCCGGCGCCCGGUUCCCAGAUUCUGGAGGAGGAGGAGGAAGGGGGAGAGGAGCGGCCCCAGAAGCGCUGGGUGUUGGUGAAGCAGGAGUGGCUGCAGGAGGACCUGGUGCUCACCUGCGAGGAGGAUGAGGAUCCCGUGGGCGGGAAUGAGGGAAUUCCCGGCGGGAAUGGCGGGGGACAGGCUGGGGGAGGGGGGGGGACAGCACCGGGGAGCUCCGGGAGCAGGAGGAGCCGGGAAAAUUCGGGAAUGGGGUCGGGGAGGAGCCGGGAAAAUUCGGGAAUGGGGUCGGGGAGGGGCCGGGAAAAUUCGGGAAUGGGGUCGGGGAGGAGCCGGGAAAAUUCGGGAAUGGGGUCGGGGAGGGGGCGGGAAAAUUCGGGAAUGGGGUCGGGGAGGGAGCGGGAAAAUUCGAGAAUGGGAUCCGGGAGGGAGCGGGAAAAUUCGGGAAUGGGAUCCGGGAGGGAGCGGGAAAAUUCAGGAAUGGGAUCCGGGAGGGAGCGGGAAAAUUCGGGAAUGGGGUCGGGGAGGGAGCGGGAAAAUUCGAGAAUGGGAUCCGGGAGGGAGCGGGAAAAUUCGGGAAUGGGGUCGGGGACGGAACGGGGCUCCUGGGGCACCGAGGGGAUCCACGGGACCGAGGGAAUUCCGCGCGGGACCGGCGGGAUUUCACGUGGAAGCGAAGGGAUCGGAGCAAUUUCGCACGGACCCGAGGGGAUUCUGUACAGAACCGGGGGGAUUUCGCACGGAACCGAGGGAAUUUUAACCGGGACCGGGGGAGCUUUAACCGGGACCGGGGGAAUUUUAACCGGGACCGGGGGAGUUUUAACCGGGACCGAGGGAAUUUUAACCGGGACCGGGGGAAUUUUAACCGGGACCGGGGGAGCUUUAACCGGGACCGGGGGAGUUUUAACCGGGACCGAGGGAAUUUUAACCGGGACCGGGGCAGUUUUAACCGGGACCGGGGCAGUUUUAACCGGGACCGGGGCAGUUUUAAGCAGAACCGCCCGGGUUCCUCCCGGGACCGCGGGGAUUUUGAGCAGAAGCGGCGGCUCCAGGAGCCGCCCCCGCCCGGCCCGCGGAGGAGCCGCCGCCGGCCCCGGCCCGGCCUCACCUGCGGACCAGGUGAGCUCGUGCGGCUCCCCCGAGGAGCGCGGCCCCAAGGUGUUCGUGUGCCACUGCGGGAAGGCGUUCUCGCACCGCAGCAUGCGCGAGCGGCACGUGAACAUGCACCUGGACCUGCGGCCCUUCACCUGCGCCGAGUGCCGCAAGCGCUUCAAGAUGAAACAUCACCUGACGGAGCACAUGAAAACGCACACCGGGCUGCGGCCCUACACCUGCCCGGGCUGCGAGCGGCGCUUCAUGUGGAGGGACAGCUUCGUCAGGCACAGGGCCACCUGCGCGGGGACAGGUGCGCAGUGACGCCUGGGCACACCUGGGGACACCUGGGACACUGCUGUGAUACACCUGGGGACCCCAGGUAUAUACCUGUGCAGGGAAUGACACGCCUGGGUAAACCUGGAGACACCCGUGAUUCACCUGGUACACCUGAGGACAUCUGGGACACGCCUGAACAGGGACUGUCACACCCGGACUGUCACACCUGGAAUGUCUCACCUGGAGUGUCACACAUGCAUUGUCACACCUGGACUGUCACACCUGCCUGGGCUGUGAGCGGCGCUUCAUGUGGAGGGACAGCUUCGUCAGGCACAGGGCCACCUGCGCGGGGACAGGUGCGCAGUGACGCCUGGGACAGAGCUGGAUACACCUGGGAAUACCUGGGACACAGGGAAUGUCACACCUAGAUACACCUGGAUACACCUGGGACACAGCUGUGAUACACCUGGGGACACCUGGGGACAUCUGUGAUACCCUGGGACACAGCUGGGUAAUCCUGGGCCACACCUGGGCACAGGUGAUGCCAUGUGGAUGGACAGCUCUGUGUGACACAGACACACCUGUGUGGCGACUCAGUGACAUCAUAGGUGUGACAUCAUCACACCUGGUGGGAUUGGUGACAUCACACCUGGAUCCCCUCAGACCUGGAGCCCUGGAACCCCUCACACCUGGAACCCCUCACACCUGGAUCCCCUCACACCUGGGUCCUCCACACCUGGAUCCCUCACACCUGGAUCCCCUCACACCUGGAUCCCUGAUUCCCACCUUGCCCAGAUGUUUGGGCUCCUGCACACCUGGAUAACCAGGUCCCAGCACACCUGGACACCUGCAUCCUGCCCAGGAACACCUGGAACCUCCUCAAGAAUACCUGGACCCUCAAAAAGCCCCUGGAGCUGCCCCCAGGAACACCUGGAUCCCCUCAAAAAACACCUGGGGCUGCCCCCAGGAACACCUGGAACUGUCCCUGGAACACCUGAAACUCCUCCCAGGAACACCUGGACGCCCUAUAAAACACCUGGGCCCCCCAGAAAAAACUCCUGGAACACCCCAGAAAACACCUGGACAUGCCUCAGGAACACCUGGAUCACCCCUGGAACACCUGAACUUCCCCGAGGACACCUGGAUCCUCCCAGAGACACUCGGAUACCCCCAAAAUGCACCUGGACACCCCUAAAAACACCUGGGAGACCCCCAGAACUCACCUGGACAGCCCUAAAAACACCUGGGAGGCUCCCAGGACUCACCUGGACAGCCCUAAAACUCACCUGGACACCCCUAAACACACCUGGGAGCCCCCAAAAUUCACCCAGGACCCCCCAAAACUCACCUGGCCCCUCCCCCCUUGACAUCACAGGUGUGUCCGUGCCCCUCCCCCCAGGUUUGUAAUUUUGGGUCGAUUUGUGGC